AUGUCCGCUGCUCCAACGACCAACGCUGCCGCUGGCGAGGCUCCCGCCGCCGCUGCGCCCCAAAAGCCGUUCCAGACCAAGCUCGUUCUGCUCGGCGAAGCCGCCGUUGGCAAAUCGUCCGUGGUCCUGCGUUUCGUCCAGAACGACUUCCAGGAGAACAAGGAGCCUACGAUCGGAGCUGCCUUCCUGACCCAAAAGUGUCGUCUCGAGGACCGAUUGAUCAAGUUCGAGAUCUGGGACACGGCGGGGCAGGAGCGCUUCCACUCGCUCGCACCCAUGUACUACCGCAACGCCCAGGCUUCCGCCGUCAUCUACGAUGUGACGAAAGCAAGCUCGUUCGAGAAGGCCAAGUCCUGGGUCAAGGAGCUGCAGCGUCAGGCCAAUCCCAACAUCGUGAUCGCGUUGGUGGGCAACAAGAUCGAUCUGCUCAACGAAACGACUGCCGAGGCGGGUGAGGAGGAGGAGGACGAGACAGCAACAGCAAACGAAUCGACACCAAGUGGAGAUUCGGCAAGGGCUGUGCCCAAGGACGAAGCCGAGGCGUACGCCAAGGAGGGUGGGCUGUUGUUCUUCGAGACCUCUGCAAAGACCGGCGAGGGCGUGGUGGAGGUGUUCACCGAGAUUGCGAAGAAGAUCCCGAUCGAUCUUCAUCUGGCUAAGAAUGCGGCGGCUGGUCCCGCGAGUGGUGCCAGACAGGCAAGUGGUGGGCAGGCCGCUGGCGUCGAUCUGCAGAACAACCAGCAGGGGGCGAGGAAGGACGCUUGCAACUGUUAG